CAGAGAAGAAGAAGGAGACGGAAAAGCGAUAUUAAACACAAGAAGAGAAAAUUUUGUCUAUGUUCAUCAUGAGAGAGCAGGUGGAUGUGAUCUGCUGUAAAUCAGUAGGAACUGAUCUGUCCAUGCUGGAUAUUGAUGAUUUCAUCACAGAAAUCUCUCAUCUGAAGAAAGAGGUGACGUCACUGAAGACAAAGCUGAUGGAGAGAGACGACAGGUUACAGGAGCUGGAAAAGGUUUCCUGUCAAUCUUCAGUGUGUGUGACUGAUGGGACCUCCACAGAAUGUCAGGAUUCAGUGUGGAGCGGCAGAGAUCAGUCCACACCACAGCGACUGCUGGACAAACUCUCUGAACAGAGAUCCAGAGACACACAGGACUCACAGCUCACUUUACUCUGUUCUACUGACGGUAAUCAGGGUGAUCAAACCUCCACAGAGUCUCUGACUUCUGUCUGUAACACUGAAGAACAGCAGACGAUGCAGACACUAGUGAAGAUGUGUUCAGUGAAGCUGCUGGACUGCAGGAACCUGAUGAAGAUGAGAGGAGAAAUCAAAGAAGAGGAACAACAGAGUGAUGAUGAUGAUGAUGAUGAUCAAACCUCAACAGAGUCUCUGACUUCUGUCAGUAAUGCUGGAGAACAGCAGAUGCUGAUGACACCAGUGAAGAUGUGUUCAGUGAAGCUGCUGGACUGCAGGAACCUGAUGAAGAUGAGAGGAGACACCACAGCAGAGGAACAACAGAGUGAUGAUGAUGAUGAUCAAAUCCCCACGGAGUCUCUGACUUCUGUCUGUAAUGCUGGAGAACAGCAGAUGCUGCCAGUGAAGAUCGAAGUGAAGCAGGAGGAGAUAAAUGAAGAAAUCACAGUAGAGGAACAACAGGCAGAUAAAGAUAAUUAUAUUUCUUCAGAGCUGCUGGAAGUGAAAGAGCAAUGUCAAGAACUGAAUGAAGUGGAGGACCAACAUCAGUGUCAGAAACAUCAUGAUUUCACAACUGAAGAAAAAUAUUUGAGUUGCUCAAAGACUAAGAAGAAUUUAUCACCAGAAAACCAGAAAAGAAGAGCAGCCAAUAAUGCUUUCACCUGCUCAGAGUGUGGAAAGUGUUUCACAAAUAAAAGCCUCUUGAAACAGCACCAAAGAAUCCAUACUGGAGAAAAACCUUACAAGUGCUCACACUGUGAAAAGAGUUUCAAUUACUCACAAAACCUGAAACCACACGAGAGAAUUCAUGCUGGAGAAAAACCUUACAAGUGUUCACACUGUGAAAAGAGUUUCACCCGGUCAGAAAACCUGAAAACCCACAAGAGAAUUCAUUCUGGAGAAAAACCUUACAAGUGCUCACACUGUGAAAAGAGUUUCAAUCAGAUACAAAACCUGAAAACACACGAGAGAUUUCAUACUGGAGAAAAACCUUACAAGUGCUCACACUGUGAAAAGAGUUUCACUCAGUCACAAUCCCUGAAAUCACAUGAGAGAAUUCAUUCUGGAGAAAAACCAUACAAGUGCUCAUACUGUGGAAAGAGUUUCACUCAGUCACAAGACCUGAAAACACACAAGAGAAUUCAUACUGGAGAAAGACCUUACAAGUGCUCAUACUGUGAAAAGAGUUUCACCAGGUCAGAACACCUGAAAGCACACGAGAGAAUUCAUACUGGAGAAAGACCUUACAAGUGCUCAUACUGUGAAAAGGGUUUCAUUCAUUCAAAAGACCUGAAAACACACAAGAGAAUUCAUACUGGAGAAAAACCUUACAAGUGCUCACACUGUGGAAAGAGUUUCAGUCAAUCACAUAACCUGACAAUACAUGAGAGAAUUCAUACUGGAGAAAAACCUUACAUAUGCUCACACUGUGGAAAGAGUUUCAUUCAUUUACAAGACUUGAAAAUACAUGAGAGAAAUUAUACUGGAGAAAAACCUUACAAGUGCUCACACUGUGGAAAGAGUUUCACUCAGUCACAUCACCUUAAAAUACAUGAGAGAAUUCAUACUGGAGAAAAACCUUACAAGUGCUCACACUGUGGAAAGAGUUUCAGUCAAUCACAUAACCUGACAAUACAUGAGAGAAUUCAUACUGGAGAAAAACCUUACAUAUGCUCACACUGUGGAAAGAGUUUCAUUCAUUUACAAGACUUGAAAAUACAUGAGAGAAAUUAUACUGGAGAAAAACCUUACAAGUGCUCACACUGUGGAAAGAGUUUCACUCAGUCACAUCACCUUAAAAUACAUGAGAGAAUUCAUACUGGAGAAAAACCUUACAAGUGCUCACACUGUGAAAAGAGUUUCAUUCAGUCUGCAUACUUGAAAAUACACGAGAGAAUUCAUACUGGAGAGAAACCUUACAAGUGCUCACACUGUGAAAAGAGUUUCAUUCAGUCUGCAUACUUGAAAAAACACGAGAGAAUUCAUACUGGUGAAAACCCUUAAGUGCUCACACUGUUUUCCGCCAACCAUGACACAAGCCCGGAUAUGUCUGAUUCUUAAAAAUGACAAAGAUUCAAUAGAGUGUAAGAGUUACCGUCCAAUUUACUUGAUCCAGCUAGAUGUAAAAAUAUUGCCAAAAAUGUUUGUUAAGAUUAAGUAAAGUUACAUAUAGAUCAGGUAGUGUUUAUUCAAGGCACUUCUGAUACAUUUACAUUACAUUUAUGCAUUUGGCAGACGCUUUUAUCCAAAGCGACUUACAGUGCACUUAUUACAGGGACAAUUCCCCCGGAGCAACCUGGAGUUAAGUGCCUUACUCAAGGACACAAUGGUGGUUGCUGUGGGGAUUGAACCGGAGACCUUCUGAAUAACAGUUAUGUGCUGUAUCCCACUACGCCACCACCACUCCAUGAUACCAUUAGGCAUUUCAUUAAUAUCAUUUGGUCAAUGGCGAAUGAUCAGACUUCGGUCAUUGCCAUCUCACUUGAUGCUGAAAAGACAUUUGAUAUGGUAGAAUGGGAUAAUCUUUUUAAGAUUUUGGAAGCGUGCGGGUUUGGGAAUACUUAUAUUGGAUGGAUUAAGUUACUUUAUGGACACCCGGUAGUGGUGGUACAAACAAAUUAAUUAAUUUCAGAAUAUUUUACUCUGGAUAGGGGCACCCGGCAGGGUUGCUCUCUUUCCCCAUUAUUCUUCUGUCUUGCCCUGGAACCAUUAGCAGCCGCGAUAAGAAGGGAAGAUGAUUUUCCAGGGGUGAUGGCUGGAGGUGUGGCGCUUAAACUUUUUCUUUUCGCAGAUUAUAUUUUAUUAUUCAUCUCCGCCCCUACUAGAUCUAUGCCUUGCCUCCACAGAAUUAUUUACUGCCCAGUAAUGGCUUUUCAGCCGGGCACCUUUCAGUGGCAUUAAGUAUUUGGGAAUUUUAUUCUCAGCAAAUUUGUGUGAUUUAGUUAAUUAAUUUUGACCCUUUUAAUAAAAAGGUUUUCGAGCUAUGUGGGCUGGUGGGCUUCAUUACAUUUAUCUUUGAUUGGGAAGGUUAAUGUUAUUGAAAUUAAUUGUAUUCCAAAAUUCCCUCUCUAUAUUCCCCUCUCCCUAUAGAUGUUUCCCUCUCUUAUUUCAUGAAAUCUGAUAGCUUAGCGAAGUCCUUCAUUUGGAUAUUGACAUACAUAGGCUGAUUGACAAAGGUGGGCUAGGCCUACCCAAGAUUUUGUUUUACUAUUAUGCAUUCGAUCUCAGACAUUUGGCUCAUUGGUCGCUUCCACCUGAGAGAGCCCCUUCCUGGUUUUGUAUUGAAUGGAAAUUUCUUGCCCCAUUUCACCAUUGCAAAGCCUUUCUAUUAAACAAACCGGAGAAGUUAAAUUACACCCUGUUAUCUUGCAUUUACACUCGGUAUGGACAUUUAUUUAAAUGUUGACUCGAGUUUAUGGCUUAACCCCAAUUUAUGCAUUAAUAAGUCGCCUUUCUGCUGGUCAGAGUGGAUUGUGAGGGGGGUUGCUACACUCUGUGACCUAUAUGAGAGUGGAGUGUUUAGAUUCUUUAAAAAUGUAGUUCAACAUUCCCAGAUUUCAGAUAUUUAGGUAUUUACAGCUGUGCCACCUGCUCUGUACUUUUUAUGGGAGUAGCAUACACCCCCCUAAAGUGGCAGACACUCUGGGAAUGGUGAUUACUGCUUUUGGAAAAGGUCAUGAGGCAUCAGUGUAUUUCUCCCUGCUAAUUCAGAGUCUGGGGGACGGAGCUUCAACUUCCCCAAUACCAAGUUAAAAUUUUUCUCCCAUAAUAUCUUGAGAGAAGGGAGUGUGGGCUAGGAUAAAAAAAAACACCAAGUCUGCAUCUAGAGAUGCAAGGGUGCAAUUUAUGUAAUUCAAGAUUUUACAUCGAUUUUAUUGGGACCCUCUCUAGAUUGUGGCUUGGUCUUAAAGACACACCCACCUGCUGGCGAUGCCAAUCAGAAGAUGGAGACACAACCCAUGUCUUUUGGUGUUGUUAAGAUACAAAAAUUAGUUUGAAGGUUCAGGGUUUUAUGUGUGAUGUAUUGGACACUCAAAUUAAACUUUGCCCUAGACUCUGUAUUUUAGGCAAUUGGGCGAUCAUCAAUAUACAGUGCAUCCGGAAAGUAUUCACAGUGCUACACUUUUUCUACAUUUUGUUAUGUUACAGCCUUAUUCCAAAAUGGAUUAAAAUCAUAAUUUCCUCAAAAUUCUACAAACAAUACCCCCAUAAUGACAACAUGAAAGUUUGUUUGAAAUCUUUGCAAAUGUAUUAAAAAUAAAAAACAAAAAAAUCACAUGUACAUCAGUAUUCACAGCCUUUGCUCAAUACUUUGUUGAAACAUCUUUGGCACCGAUUACAGCCUCAAGUCUUUUUGAGUAUGUUGAUACAAGCUUGGCACACCUAUUUUUGGGCAGUUUCUCCCAUUCUUCUUUGCAGGACCUCUCAAACUCCAUCAGGUUGGAUGGGGAGUGUUGGUGCACAGCCAUUUUCAGAUCUCUCCAAAAGAUGUUCAAUCUGGUUCAAAUGUGGGCUCUGGCUGGGCCACUCAAGGACAUUCACAGAGUUGUUCCAUAGCCACUCUUAUCUUGGCUGUGUGCUUAGGGUCAUUGUCCUGUUGGAAGAUGAACCCUCACCCCAGUCUGAGGUCCAGAGUGCUCUGGAGCAGGUUUUAACCAAGGAUGUCUUUGUACAUUGCUGCAUUCAUCUUUCCCUCGAUCCUAACUAGUCUCCCAGUUCUUGCCACUGAAUAACAUCCCCACAGCAUGAUGCUGCCACCACCAUGCUUCACUGUAGGAUGAUGCGCGCACCACCGUUAUCUAAUUUCUUUUACCCCAGUCACAUAAAUGCUCACGUUAUCACUUUGCUUUGUCCUUUUAGCAGAUAGUCUUUUUAAAAGCCACUAAAAGUAAAGUUUCUAGAUGGAAGUUCCCCAUGAAAUGUAUAAACAUCUCAAGUUGUUUAUAAUUUACCAAUUUUAUAGCAAUGCAAAUAUUAAUUUGUUUAUUGUGUUACCAUGAAACUAUUAUAUUGCACAUUUCUGCAUAUUAUAAAUUUUUUUUAUAAAGUAUAUUUUG